AACCAUCAGCUCUCCAGAAGUCGCUCCUUCACCUGCUGUUGCUGCUACACCCAGGGUUUACCCUCCAGUCUCUGCUACACCCAGGGUGUUAACUCUACCGUUUGUUGAGAGGUAACCUAGUGACCAGAUCUUCACCAUGAUGCUGGCUAUCACCAUCCUCCUUGUGUUCGCUGGUGCCCAAGCCAACCCCAUCCAGCUUGGGUUUCGACCCCAGACGCUACCCCAGGUGUUCCCCGGUGGUAAUGCCCUCCUGGAAGAUGCCCAGAUCGGCCACCUGCUGAGAACAGCGCCCGCAGGAUCCCAGCUGCUGAGAACGACUGCGCCUGUGGGUAGCCUCCUGUCUCGUCUUCCAGAUAAUGCUACCCUUAUCAGGACGAAUAUUGUUGACACCUUCAGCUGUAGUGGACGGGUGUACGGAUACUACGCUGACCAGGACAACGACUGCCAGAUCUUCCACGUGUGUCUGCCACUACAACAGCUUUACCCUGCCAACUUCACCAAAGAGACUACCUUCACUUUCAGCUUUAUCUGCCCUCAAUAUACCAUCUUUAGUCAGGACUCGCUGACCUGCGCCUGGGAGUCGGAAGCUCUGCCGUGUGAGGCCGCUGCUGCUCUCUAUGGCAUCAACGACAGCUUCUUCAAGAAGAUCAGGGACAGCGACGGCAAGGAACGCUACGCUCAGCUCGGUGAAAACUUCUCCCCGUCGUCCGCUGGCUCGGGCGCCACAUUCAACAUCCCCUAGUCCCUAAAGACCUCCAACAGUUGUUCGCCCUGAGAUACGCAAGAGAAGGGGAACAUGGGACUCUCCUCCCAGGGCAUGCAUGAUAAGAGAAGGUCUCACAGGUCUCUCUUGGGGAAUAAGGGGCAUUGUGGGCAUGGGUAUAACUCUGUACAAUGACUGUCUUCGCUAGUCCUUUCCUAACGCUCAUCAACGUGUUUUUCUGGGCAUUAUUGUUUUUGUAUUUGUUAAGUGAUCGGUUGACUAUUCCACACUUGGGUUCUAGUUCCGGUGUUAACCCCGGGCCUUCUGUCGGCGAGAAUCAACUAGGGGUUCCCAUAGUACCCUCUAGUGGUAGAAGUCUGAACCACGGGCCCUCUGGCGGCGAGGGAGUCAACUAGGACCCCACUGGUGGCCGGCAGUGAACCAGGAGACAGUGAUGAAUGAUCUCCUCAAGAGAGAGAGGUCAAGAAGCCUGGCUCUCCUGGUUCCACUGAUACAUACCAUUAGGGCUUACCAAGUUAGGUUAGGUGGGUUACUAAUGUUUACAACUGUACCUGGAUCAACUAAUAUAUGUAAUAAAGAUAGCAACUUACGGA